AUGCCGUGCCACCGGCCCCCGGGCAACGAGACCCUGCUGACGUCGCCGGCGUCGCGGGCCACGGGCACGGCCUUCCUGGUGCUGGCGGCCCUGCUGGGCCUACCGGGCAACGGCUUCGUCGUGUGGAGCCUGGCGGGCUGGAGCCCGCCCCGGGGGCGGCCCUUGGCGGCCACGCUGGCCCUGCACCUGGCUCUGGCCGACGGGGCCGCGCUGCUCCUCACCCCGGUCUUCGUCGCCUUCCUGGCCGGGCGCGCCUGGCCGCUGGGCCCGGUGGGCUGCAAGGCCGUCUACUACGUGUGCGCGCUGAGCAUGCACGCCAGCGUCCUGCUCACCGCCCUGCUCAGCCUGCAGCGCUGCCUGGCCGUCACCCGGCCCUUCCUGGCCCCGGCCCUGCGCCGGCCGGCCCUGGCCCGCCGCCUGCUGCUGGCCGUCUGGGCCGCCGCGCUGGUCCUGGCCGUGCCCGCCGCCGUCUACCGCCGGCUGAGCGGCGGCCGGGUCUGCCAGCUGUGCCACCCGUCGCCCGCCCAGGCCGCCGCCCACCUGGGGCUGGAGACCCUGGCCGCCUUCGUGCUGCCCUACGGGCUGGUCCUGGGCUGCUACGGGGUGACCCUGGCCCGGCUGCGGGGCGGCCGCUGGGGCUCGGGGCGGACGGGCCGGCUGGUGGUGGCCAUCCUGCUGGCCUUCGGCCUGCUCUGGGCCCCCUACCACGCCGUCAACCUGCUGCAGGCCGCCGCCGCCCUGGCGCCCCCCGGGGGGACCCUGGCCCGGCUCGGGGGCGCCGGGCAGGCCGCCAGGCCCGGGGCCACCGCCCUGGCCUUCUUCAGCUCCAGCGUCAACCCCCUCCUCUACCUCUUCGCCGCCGGGCACCUGCUGCCCCGAGCCGGACCCCGCUUCCUCACCCGCCUCUUCGACGGCUCCGGGGAGCUGCGCGGGGGCGGGUCCGGGGGGCGCUCCCGGGAGGGCACCCUGGAGCUCAGGGCCCACCCCCGCUUCGGGGCCGCAGGAAAGCCCCCCGACAAGCGCCCAGGACAGGACUGGAGCCCCUGA